GCGCGCACUGCUGUCACCGCGGCGGAGGGAAAAAUCGGGCGUACCCCGGUGCCCGUUCACCGCCGUUCACGCCGCGUGUGCGCUCUGGCUCUGCCGCUCUCUCUCUCUCCUGCGCGUGGCGCAACUGCCGUCCUAUACCAGGCGCCCAGGUCUAGCCUCGUCGGUGCCUUCGCCAGGUCUUUCUCGGGCCCUUCGCCAACGACGAGCGCCCGCUAGAAGGUAUGCAUUCGUGUUCAUAAUAUUGUAUUUGACUAAAAAGACUGGGCCUACGCAUGGGGGCUCCAAAACAGAGGUGGACUUCUGAGGAAGAGGCUGCUCUUAGAGCUGGAGUAGCCAGACAUGGAGUUGGAAAUUGGCGCAUGAUAUUGAAUGAUCCAGAACUUAGCUCCACAUUGCGCUACCGCUCGAAUGUUGACCUAAAGGACAAAUGGCGCAACAUGAAUGUAAUUGUCACUUCAUCGAGUACUCGUGACAGGGGGAGAACUUCCACGAGGAGAACCCGAGCUGCUCCUAAGAAUAAUGACCAAUUGUUGGCAAUGAGCACAAUCACUUCUGAGGUUGAUGAUGAGAUUGUUGAUGUAAAGCCCAUAGUAUCAAUGUCUGUUGAAGGAUGGAAUACUUCAAAUUCAAAGAAAUCUCACUCAAGGCUAGACAAUAUUAUAAUGGAGGCUAUAAAGAACUUGAAUGAGCCUACAGGGUCCCACAGAACUACUAUUGCUAAUUACAUAGAGGAGCAAUAUUGGCCACCUAGUGAUUUUGAUCACUUAUUGUCUGCAAAACUGAAGUAUUUAGCUACCAGUGGGAAAUUGUUGAAGGUGAAUCGGAAGUACAGGAUAGCACCUAGUUUGCUGGAAGACGUGCAAAGAGAACCCUUGAAAUUAGGGAGUGAUGCUAGUAGAACCCUUACAAGAUCCCAAGUCGAUGCUGAAUUGGUCCGUAUGGCAACUAUGACUGUUGAGGCGGCGGCGGCAGCUGCUGCUCAUGCAGUUGCAGAGGCAGAGGCUAUCAUGGCAGAAGCUGAAGCAGCUGCUAGGGAAGCAGAAGCUGCGGAAGCAGAGGCCCGAGCUGCACAGGCCUUUGCUGAAGCAGCAGUUUUGACACUGAAGAACAGAAAUGCUGCGAAAUUGGUAUAGCUCGAGUCCAUGAAUCUUAGAUAUGCCCUCUUGUCCUUCCACACGUAGAAUCCAGUUCCGUAGCUCUGUAUGCAACUAAUUGGUUACUAAAAGAACCUGAAAUCAGAAGUUUUCACAAACACACCGACUUAUUCACCGAAGAUUAUGAUUUCCAAA